AUGUCUGGACCGCUCCGCCUGAAACUCAACUGUAUUGUCUUGGGCAAUAAUCCUCGCCAUAUUUUCCCGGUCGACAUUGAGCGGACGGAGAUUGUUGGCGACCUCAAAGAGGUCAUCAAAGACAAGAAAAGGCCGGAGUUUGACCAUGUUGCCACUGACCGUCUUGAGUUAUGGAAGGUCGACCUGCCUAUCAACGAGAUGAUUGAGCACAAUCUCAACAAUCUUACACUUGACCCAACAAAAUCCCUAUCACCUGUGGAUGAAAUGGUAGAGAUUUUUCCCGAUGCUCCUCCACGCAAGUAUCUGCAUAUUAUUAUCCAAUGCCCGCCUGCUGUGUCUUCCGGACCGCUCCACCUGAAACUCAACUGUAUUGUCUUCGGCGAUGAUCCUUGCCAUAUUUUCCCAGUUGAUGUUGAGCGGAUGAAGACUGUUGGUGACCUCAAAAAUGUUAUCAAGGUUGCCAAGAAGCCAGAGUUUGACCAUGUUGCCGCCGACCGUCUUGAGCUAUGGAAGGUCAAGAUCAAUUUGAACAAUAUACAGUUACGGAACGCGAUCAUGGACGGAGCUGUUGAUAGGCGAAUCACGUAUCUCAAGAAGGGCGCGGGUACUCCAUCGGCCAGUGCAAAACCAUCCGCAUUCUCUACGAAGCAGGACCAGCAAGAGUACCUUUGCAAUCGUCCUCGCAGAGCUGCGGACCCUGUUCCCAUUACUCUUCUCGAGCCUAUCUUCGCCGAGUUCGUGGAUGAUUGUCAAAAGUAUGAACCAACUGUCCAUGAUAACGACUUUGUUUUGCAACUUUCAGAAAAGAUGGCCUCCUUCUAUCCCAAUGAGCUCACGUGGAUGAAUACAUUCUGGCAAGUGCUCCGGGACUACGGUAUUAUACUCAAUGCUUCUAUGGUUGGCUCGACCGGAUGUACGACGGACGGACAUCUUUUGUCUACCAACAGACAGUUUGUGCUGAUGAUAAUUGAGGGGAAGAACGAGAUCGGAAGUGGCGCUGCCAAACCAUUUAUGGAGGCGAUGCUGUACUACCAUAAGUUUAUGGAAGACUCGAAGAUUGAGAUGGCAAGGCUCCGGUCUUUCAUUCCAUGCAUCCAUAUCAUUGUCUUCGGGGCAUGCAUCGGCUUUUCAGGCUCUGUUUUUACUGAAAAGUCCAACCUCCAUAUGCAAGUGAUGGCAGCUCGUACUUUUGGGGCUCUCAAAAUUGCCGUCGAGAAACUUACAAAACUAUACUCCCGUCCAAUCCUGUCCCUCGAACCCGAAGAUCCAUAUCUUAAAUGUCCUUACCCUCAGAGUUAUACCAAUUCCACCGGUUUCAUUCAGGAAUUCCGGUAUGAUGAGACUCAAAUCCUCAGGGAUCGACUUAUUUUCUUCGGGGAAACUGUCGGCGAUGCGGCUGGGAGCAAGAUAUGCAUCAAGUUUGUCAGGCACUAUUCCCCUCAGGCUCACGAAUUCUGUGCCAGCAAGGGGAACACCCCCAAACUUAUCGCCUACAAUUCUUUACCCGGCAGCUGGAAUCUGGUGAUUAUGGAUGCCCUUGAUAUUGAUAAUGAUUGCCUUCCGCAACGACCUGGCUCAUAUCGACUGCUCAGUGAGAUAGGUGUUUUGGACCGUCAGCCGCUGAAGGAGACCAUCACCUGUCUCAUCCGGGAGUUACACAAUCACAAUGACGGCUACGUGCAUGGCGACCUUCGAGAUACCAAUUUCGUUGUGCGAGAUGACAAACACUUCAUGCUGCUUGAUUUUGAUUGGGCCAGACCGAUCCAGAAGACGCAUUAUCCUAUGUAUGUCAAUCGGAAGGAUAUUCGACGGCCUGACGGUGCAUGGGAUGGGCAGAAGAUUGUGGUGGAGCAUGAUUUGGAUAUGCUGAAUUAUCUAUUUCAUCCUGAGCAAGAUGUUCGGGAGCCAGCUGCAAAGCGCCGCCGUAUAUUAAGUGAAGGGUCGCUGAUGGUCAUUUGA